CAGCAGGAAUGCCACCAGGCAAAGGACAGAUGACCCCGCUGCUGCCCGCCCCGAAGGUCUCCAUGCCCGCCCUGCAGGGCACCCAUGUCCCCGAAGCGGGCGGCUGCGCUCAGGCCCCGAAGGGUCCCAGCUUGGCACAGGGUCGCAGCAAGAAGAGGAGCCGUAAGCACCAGCGGUUCAUGGAGCGCCGGGCAGUGCUGGAGCAGAAGGGGCUGCUGAGCCCCCAUGGGCACCUGGGCACUCAGACCCCAAAAGUGGGGCUGGAGGCAAAUGGCACCACGGCACUGUGCUGUGACAAGGUCCCCAAGCCCAAAGGGAUCGUGUCCUCAUCCCUGUCUCCAUCUGCCUCUCCGGACAGCAUAGCCAGGCACCACUCCGUGCUGCUGUCCCAGGGGAAUGGCAGCUCCAAGAGGGUGCGGACAUCCUCCCUAGUCCUGCGUCCGGGCAAGUAUGUGGCCAUCGACUGUGAGAUGGUGGGCACCGGUCCCCAGGGGAAGCUGAGCGAGCUGGCACGAUGCUCCGUGGUGAACUACGAGGGGGAUGUCAUCUAUGACAAGUAUGUCCGGCCCGAGCUCCCCAUCGUGGACUACCGGACACGCUGGAGUGGCAUCACCAAGCAGCACAUGAAGAAUGCAAUUCCCUUCAAGGCUGCCCAGGCUGAGAUCCUGAAGAUCUUGAAAGACAAGAUUGUGGUAGGACACGCCAUCCACAAUGACUUCCAAGCCCUGAAGUACUUCCACCCGAAAGACAAGACUCGAGACACCAGCCAGAGCCCUGUGCUGAAGAAGAGGGCAGGGCUGCCCAUCAAAGCUAAUGUCUCCCUCAAGAACUUGGCCAGGCACCUGCUCCAUAAAAAGAUCCAGGGUGGCUGCCAAGGACACUCAUCGGUGGAGGACGCUCAGACAGCCAUGGAGCUGUACAGACUGGUGGAGGUGCAGUGGGAGAAGGAGCUGGCCCACAGCCUGCCCCCCCGGCCCCCCAGCCCCAUCACAGACCCUGCUGCAGACAGCAGCCAGUACCUGGAUGACCAGUACUGGCCCACAGAGCUGAUGGCAAGCAGCCUGUGAUGGGGGACAGCAUCUCCUCCGUGUGUUCUGGGCCAUCCUGCUGCCUUCAGCUGUAAAAGGUGGAGGUGACUGCUGACCUCCUCCCCUGGGGCUUGUGCCCAGCACCCAGCCCUGCUCAGGGGUGGAGACAUGGUGACACCUGGACACAAGCAGUCUCCCAGAAAUGCUGUCUGCAGCCUUGAGCUGUCGCACAGAAAUAAGGUCUGUGACUGCACCGUGUUCAUCUGUCACUUGGGGAUGAGCAGGGUCCUGUGUCUGCCUGGAGGAGCCUCUGUGGGCAUGUAAUGGGGGCUACCAACACCCUCCAUACUUUCUGUGGUUGUCCUCCUCUCAGACAGCAAAGGGAAAGUUAUCCUGUGGAGGAACGGAGGUGUUUCACUGAUAACCAAAGGCUGCAAACCAUCUGGGCCAGUAAACGACCAGUUUGCUCCUCACUUUCUUUCAUAGAAUCAUAGAAUAUGUAAAUAUGCUGAGUUGGAAGGGAUCCAUCAGGGUGAUUGAGUCCAACACCUGGCCCUGCACAGGACACCCAAAGAAUCCCACUAUGUGCCUGAGGGCUUUGUCCAAGAACUCCUUGAACUCAGGCAUGUUUGAUGCCAUGAUCACUUCCCUGGGGAGCCUGUUCCAGUGCUCAGCUCCAGCUGAAUAUUUUGUCCAGAAGGACACUGGAGAGACUGUCAAAAGCUUUGCAAAGUCGAAAAAGAUUUCAUCACCUGGUGUCCCUUGAUGAGCUAGGUGGGUACCCUGUUGUAGAAGGAAAUCAAGUUCAAUGAGUAGGACUUUGCCCUCAUGAACCCAUGCUGUGACCAAUGACUGCAUUGUGCUCCUGGUGUUUUUCAAUACCUCCCAGAAAAAUCCUCUCCAUGAUUUUACCUGUCAGUGGAGUGAGACUGACAGGCUGUAGUUUCCAGCCCUUCUUGCCCUUCAAAAUUGGGCAACAUUUGCCAGCUUUCAGUCAGCUAGGACCUCUCUGGAUUCCCGAAAGUGCUCAAAAAUCAUUGAGCAGCUCUGUAAUGACAUCAGCAGCUCUUUGAGGAUUCUUAAAUGAAUCCCAUCAGGCCCCAUAGAUUUAUAGGGAUCUAACUGCACAAUGAAGUUCAAGAGGAAAGUCUGGAUCUAAUCAAUGUCCAGCCUGGACAAGAGCACUGAAUGCACUUCAUUUUAAAUAAAUGAUUCACAUAAUUGUCCAAUUCUGAAUUAAAAACUCUUCUGACUAAAA